GCAUAUAAUCACCUGCUAUCGAACGCUCCUCUUCAUGACGGAAGCCGCCUCAAUAAAGUCACAGCCCCGACAGACGCGGCACUUCGUAUUGAAAAUCACAGUAUAUUCCUCGAUCGAUCCCCGCUAGUGAACGAUGUGCUGUUAUCUGGUAUUCGCGUUCUGAUAUUCGGCAUAUUACGCACGACGACGCGAUCUGCUGCGAGAGUGAGGUCGUACGCUUAACAGAACACGCUAGCGUGACUGACAUGACAGCCGAGAAGAAGAAACCCGAACAAACAGACUCGAUUGGAGUCGAGGACGCGAAAAUCGCCGACUUCGAGACGGCGAUCAGCGCCGCUGGGAGCGGCAAGUUCCAGUAUUUCCUCAUCCUCGCGAUUAUCCCGGCCUCCUGGGCGUCCAGCGUGGACACCGCUAAUAUGUCGAUGAUACUCGCGUCGGCGGAGAGCGAUCUGGGAUUAUCUCUGUUCGACAAAGGCCUCCUGAACGCUAUCGUCUACGUGGGUAUGGUGAUGAGCGGCUUCAUAUGGGGAUUCCUCGCGGACGUGAAAGGAAGGAAGAAAGUCAUAUUGUACGGCUACUUCGCGGACGGCGUCUGCAACGUGCUCGCAGGCUUCUCGCAGAAUUUCGGCACGCUCGUGUUCUUCAAGUUCCUCAGCGGCCUGCUCGUGAGCGGGCCGCACGCGACCCUCAUGGCGUAUUGCACGGAAUUCUACGGCGAUAAGAACAGGGCGAAGAUCCCGAUCCUCGUCGGCUUCUCCGUUCAAUUCGGAUGCGUCGUUAACGCAGUGCUGGCUUGGCUGGUGGUCCCUCAGCCGUGGUCGAUCGUCCUUUGGGACGGCGCCUUCGUCUAUAAUUCCUGGAGGAUUUUUCUCUCCCUCUGCGGAGUGCCGACGAUGAUAGGCAUCCUCUGCCUCAGCUUCUUCCCGGAGAGCCCCAAGUUUCUCAUGACGCAAAAUCGCAACGAGGACGCGCUCGAGGUCUUCAAGCAGAUCUACAGCAUGAACACUGGCCUACCUAAGGACAACUAUCCGAUACGCGCCUUGGGCGACAUGAAUUUGAACAAUAUGAUUGUUGAUCCGGAACGAUCGCUGGAUUCUCGCGCCAAGUCGUCCUUCAAGGAUGGGAUCCGGCAGAUGAUGCCUAUUCUCUCGAAGCCGCAUCUGGCGCGUAUUCUGUUGUUCGUUACCGUGCAAUUCGGUGGAAUGCUGAGCCUCAACACCUUGCGCCUCUGGCAGCCGCAGCUCUUCGCGACGAUAGAGAAUUUUAAGAACUUCGAUACCAACGUGACUAAUCCUACCUUCUGCGAGAUACUCGAUAUUUCGACGUCGCUCGACGCAGACAACAGCACCGUCGCGACGGCACCGGAGUCCAUGUACACCGGCACUAUUGUCGUGUCGAUCACUGCGAGCGCCUUCAUUCUCAUCGCCAGCGUGCUCGUUAAUUUUAUCGAGCACAAGUAUCUCUUACUGAUCAGCUACAGUUGCGCCCUCGUGUGCCUGAUAUCUCUAAUUUGGGCCACGAACAUGUGGAUCAUCCUCGUGCUCACGUGCUUGUUCGUCGGACUGCUGAGCGAGACUUUCAACGUCCUGGUGGGCGCGACCGUUCUGCUCUUCCCCACAUCCUUGAGAGCCAUGGCGGUCAGCAUGGAAAUGAUAGUAGGAAGGCUGGGAUCCAUGAUCGGUAAUCUCAUGUUUCCGGUCUUGCUCGCGCACGGCUGCGUGGCGCCGAUCAUCAAUCUGGCGUGCUUCACUUUACUAUGCAUCCUUCUCACGUGCUUCCUGCCGAGCACGAGGAAGCACGCGGUCUGAGGACCGUCGUAUUUUCGGGCGAUUUCGAGGACGCGACUCGGAGGAAGAGGAGCGAGCGCGAGGGCCCUCAAGGGGAACCAAGAACCGUCGGCGAGGAGUGUGUUAACUCGAGAGAAUCGACAGGCUCCUGACCGGCGAUCCGCACUUUUUCCGCAGGCCAUUUUUCUCUCUCCACAAUGACGCGCUCGUCCCUGCGCGAAAAUGUACGAUCGCGUCCGGCGACGCCGAAGCGGAGACUCUCCAAGGACCUGGAUCGAAGUGCUCUAUCGCGGAGCUAUGAUCGAGCCCGUAUGAGGGCGGACAAUAGUCAUGCAUAUACAUGCAACACACAACGAGAGAGACCGCACGAGACCUUGAGUUUCACUUUCGACACAUCCUGGAGAGCCCUCCAGCCUUCACCUACAUGCUCGUUCUCCUCUAUCCCGCGGCGAGCCGCGUGCGUGGACGCAGCUCUAUCUCGGGAUCUCGACGUCUACGUGCAGCCGCUGAUCGGUGCAAUAAAAUGUCCCGGCGUGUACACGCAAAAGCCGCUCGGGGAAUAAUUAAAGAGAAACAAACUAAUGCGCGAGCGUUCACGUUUUAUUUCUCUUUCCCCUUAAAUACGAUCGCCGAUUUUGUGGCAACGAUCUUUAGGUACGUAUGUACGUAUAUAAAUAGACAAAAAAGGAACUUUGAAGGGUGUCUCGCGUUUAUAAUGUAAGUACGUAUAUGUUAAAUGGGUAGUCUUGACGACCUUUGGCGGAUUUAACGAUCGUUGGACUUCCGAAUUCUACUGUUUUCCUUUCAUUUCCGCACGAAGGAACUGUGAUACAAGUUGCGCGAGAGCUAAGUUACAUAAAUAAUUAGGUUGCACGAGAACUGAGUUACGUAGAUAGCUAAGUUUACAUACGGAGGGAAUUUUAUCACGGAAAUUGCUGCGGAAUUUGGUGAAUGAGAAACGGAUCGGCAUUCUGCAGUAAUUGUGUUCUCUCAUGUCGAAUCUGCCGCUUGCACGUUCUAAAAACUGAGAUGUGCUUGUUAAGAAAUUGGUUACGUUUCUAGCGAAAUUCGCUGUGCUUCUCAGCGAGACAGACCUUUCUAACAGCCCGCUAACGCAAUAGAAUCGAAAAGAAACUGUAUGAUAGAGAUGACUGUAACAUUCUCUGCGUGUAAGUUACGCGAAAAAAAAUAGAUUACAUAAUUUACCUGUUACCCUCAAAUAAGUAUAUUCAGAGCGGGAAAGAGGCAUCUUUCUCGUGCCGUUAUUUUGCAUACCGUUUAUCCGUUAUUUUGUCACCGCGAAUGUAUACCGCAGGAGACAAUUGCAUCGAAACGAACGAUUGUAAUCCACAUAUGUAAUCAUAAUAUAAAUAACC